GUGAUCACUAGCGCGCAGUCAUCAUUUGUCUGAAGCCGCGUGGAUAUGUCUAUCUGGCCGUGGCUUAGAAUAAGAACCUUUGGUGUAUUCUAAUCAAACGAUAUCCCCUCGAAGUGUGUUUUGAGUAAACGAAAGUUGUUCGCCGUGGUUAAGAAAUGGCGACCAUCGAACAGCUAGGCUACAGUGCCUUUUUCAUCGCGCUGACCUGCAUUUUUGCAUCCGUCGCGCGUAAACUAAACGAACGUUUGUCGAAGGAUGGACUAGUGAAAGAACUGUUCUUCGAGGCGAUAGCGGCCGCCGAAUUGUGCGGAUGUUGUUUCGAGCUGAUCAUCGUGGCGGACAACUUUGGUGUCGCAACGUAUGCCGUGUUCCUGUUCGCGCUCACCAUCUGGUGGGGCCGUUGCUGGGGAUCGGCCACCGCCUGUCCCUACACCUAUAUGGAACAAAUUGUCGAAGGUGAGGUGAGCCUCAAGGAAGCGGCGCUGAAAAUCUGGGCUCAGCUGAUGGGCGGCUGCGCUAUAUUCCGCUACGUCCAGCUGUACUGGUGGCUGGAACUAGCAGAAACUCACCAGGGACGUGCGUUUGAAGAUUGCAAAGCUGAUCUACAGGUCAAUCUCUACUUGGGAGCGUUUAUCGAAGGUUUUGCGACGCUCUGCUGUCGGCUCGCUUCGAAGGUGAUCUCGGAGAAGGAUGCCAAGUUCGGGGCGUUCAUUGACUCCUUCAUCGGUACCAGCCUGGUCGUUGCCGCUUUCAACCUGUCGGGCGGUUACUUCAACCCCGUGCUGGCCACCGCCCUGAAGUGGGGCUGUGCGGGUAAUUCAGCCCUCGAGCACAUCAUUGUGUAUUGGAUUGGAUCGUGCGUUGGUGCCAUUCUGUCCGUGCCCCUGUUUAAGACCGCCACCUUCCGUGAUCUCUUCCUGACGGCCAAGUCCAAGUCCGACUAAAAAGACCCGGCAUCCCGGCGGGCCGAACCGAACGACAACGAAAGCAAGACACUCUUUUGGACCUUUGGACAUACUCAGAACAAGCUUCACUAGUCAAAGUAAGGCGUUCGAUUAUGAGCGAUGAUAAUUCGUGUUUUUAUUGUUUUUAGAAUUGUGAUUUUAUGUCCACGCGAUACUGGCAGGCCCCUCUCCCAAGUGUGGUGUGAGUGCGAGUAAUGAAUCCUAGAGGUUGUGGUGCAUUUUUCCGUCCCGUUGUUAAAUAUUUAUGCUUUGAAUUAUAUCGAAUAAGUUAGCCGUAGUGCUAUGCGGUCGAAACACUGUGACUGACACACCUAGAACGAAAUAAAGGAAUGCCGAUGCA